GGUCGGCGCGGGAUGGGGGUGCCCCGGAAGUGGUCGGCACGGCGGGACGAUGUGGUGGAGCUGUUGGGCACGCGGGCAGCUGCGCGGGGGCCGCGGCUCGGGCCACAGAUUUCCUGCUUAUACCCAGCAAAGAAAUGGAUUUAGAAGAGCACCGCAGAAGAUUAAACCUCAAAGUCCAGACAAAGGAAUGGGCUCAAAGCCAUACCAAAAUAAGCUGUUUCCUCCAGUGGAGGAACUAGUCUCUUAUACAUCUUCCUCUUUCCCAAAGCGACUAGUGAAGCCAUUCUUUUUUACAGUUGGGUUUACAGGCUGUGCAUUUGGAUCAGCUGCUAUUUGGCAGUAUGAAUCCCUGAAAUCCAAGGUCCAGAGCUACUUUGGGGAUGUUCAUGCUGAUUGGAUGGAUAAGUUUCGACCUCAAAAACAGGGGAACUUAAGAAAGCAGGUUAACAAGUGGUGGAAUAGCCUGAGUGAGGGUCAGCGGACUGUGACAGGUAUUAUAGCUGCAAACAUCUUUGUAUUCUGUUUAUGGAAAAUACCUGCUAUGCAGCGGAUUAUGUCUACAUAUUUCACAUCUACUCCUGCCUGUAGAAUCAUUUGUGCUCCCUUGCUUCUGUCUUCAUUUAGUCAUUUCUCUGCCUGGCACCUGGCAUUAAACAUGUAUGUUUUGUGGACUUUUUCAUCUAGUAGUGUGUCUUUUUGGGGACAGGAGCAGUUCAUGGCAGUGUACCUUUCUGCAGGUGUUUUCUCCUCUUUUGUCAGUUAUGUCAGUAAAAUGGUCACUGGAAGAUUUGACCCAUCCCUUGGAGCAUCAGGAGCAAUAAUGACUGUGCUUGCUGCAGUAUGUACAAAGAUGCCAGAAGUACAACUAGCCAUCGUAUUUCUUCCAAUGUUCACAUUUACAGCAGGAAAUGCUUUAAAAGCCGUUAUUGCAAUGGAUACUGCAGGGCUUGUUCUGGGCUGGAGACUUUUUGACCAUGCAGCACAUCUUGGGGGAGCAUUGUUUGGUGUGUGGUAUGCGACUUAUGGCCAUGAACUCGUAUGGAAGAACAGGGAACCGCUGGUGAAGGCUUGGCAUGAAAUCAGGACUAGGAGUUCAGGAAGACGAGGUGGCGAAGGUUCUCAGUGAUUGUAAUUUUAGAAGAUACUUGUGCAGAGAUGAUGUACUACUCGAAGACAUGAGAGUGCAUUGAUUCUGGAUUUUUUGCUAUUCUGCAGAAAAUCUCUUAGCAUCUGUAGUUUCUAACGUAAACCAAGUUUACAAAUAAAUGCCCUUCAGUAACAAACUUUGACAAAGCUGAAACAAUAAAAGGUUUAUAUCCUAUUCCUUUCUAA